CUGGGCCCCAGCGCAGCCCCUCAGCCCGCGCGCGGAGCAGCUGAGGGCGCCGCGCACUCGCGGGACACGCGCGGCUCCUGGACUGGCCCCGAAGGGCGCCCCCGGCGCGCCCUGCUCCCUGCGCCACCCGCGCUCCCCUCCCUCUCGCCGGUGUCCCCGGGGCACAGGGCCGCGCGUCCAGCCCCGGACGCGCUGGGGGUCCCCGGGGACCGGCUAGCCGGGUCAGGGCGCGACGAUGGAGGAGCCGCAGCGCGCCCGCUCGCACACGGUCACCACCACCACCAGCUCCUUCGCCGAGAACUUCUCCACCACCAGCAGCAGCUUCGCCUACGAUCGAGAGUUCCUUCGCACGGUGCCCGGACUUCUCAUCGUGGCCGAGAUCGUCUUGGGUCUGUUGGUAUGGACACUUAUCGCUGGAACAGAGUACUUCCGGGUUCCUGCGUUUGGCUGGGUCAUGUUCGUAGCUGUAUUUUACUGGGUCCUCACCGUCUUCUUCCUCAUCAUCUACAUAACGAUGACCUACACCAGGAUUCCCCAGGUGCCCUGGACAACAGUGGGCCUGUGCUUUAAUGGCAGUGCCUUCGUCUUAUACCUCUCUGCCGCCAUUGUGGAUGCGUCUUCUGUGUCCCCAGAGAGGGGCAGUCACAACUUCAACAGCUGGGCGGCCUCAUCGUUCUUUGCCUUCUUGGUCACCAUCUGCUACGCUGGAAACACAUAUUUCAGUUUUACAGCAUGGAGAUCCAGGACCAUGCAGUGAUUUACCAUUUUGAUAAUUAAAAGGGGGGAAAAAAACAAACAGGAAGAAUCUCACUGUAAAAACAACUGUAGGUAUAAUGUAUAUUUCCAGAGAAUUGUAUUUAACUAAUGUUUUUAUAUACUUAGUUAAAUUUUCUGGUAGUGGUUUGUUACAGUUAAACUGGAUACUUAUUUGCAAAGUGCUGUGGCUUAUAAUGAACUCUUAAGUAUCUUGUUGAUGUCUUCAUAGACCUUAUUUUCUUAGACAAUGUAUAAAUAGAUAAAUUGCUAAUAUUAAGAAUGUGUCAAGUUUGUAAACUAACUUUUAAAAUGCCAGAUUCUUUUGUGAUUAAAUGUUGCAAAACUCCA